AAUCCCAGCGAAACCCUCCCCAAAGCGGAGCCGCGGAGAAGGCGGCGGCGGCGGCUGGAAAAUGCAUCUUCCUCGGAGCUGCGUCCUCCUCCUCCUCCAGGGCAGCAUCGCGCUGCUGGUGUUCUGCGCUCCAGAGGAACCCGGCAAAGCAGCGGAUCCAGGCGAGCCCCGGGCCCGCGGCAGAGCCCCCAAGCUGCUGGAGCUGCUCUCCCCAAAGCCCCUCCCGAGCCUGAGCCCGGCCCCGCCGCACAGCCGGACCCCGCCGGGGCCGGGCAGCGGCUCCCGGGGGCUCGGGGCAGCCCUGGAGAACCGGGCCGGGCGGGACCCGGGCCCGCGGGCACAGCGGGAGCCGCGGCCGGCCCCGAGCGGGCUGCAGAAGCUUUUCGGCUGGGGAGACUUUUACUCCAACAUCAAGACGGUGAAGCUGAACCUGCUGAUCACGGGCAAGGUGGUGGAUCACGGCAACGGCAGCGUCAACGUCUUCUUCCAGCACAACUCCACGGGCCACGGCAACAUCUCCGUGAGCCUCGUGCCGCCCAGCAAGGCCGUGCAGUUCGACCUGGAGCAGCAAAUCUUCAUCGAGGCCAAGGAGUCCAAGGUGUUCAACUGCCGAGUGGAGUCGGAGCAGGUGGCCCGGGCCAGGAAAACCUCGCUGUGCACCUUCGACCCGGCCAAGACGUGCUCGCAGGAGCACACGCAGAGCCGCGCCGCCUGGCUGUGCUCGCAGCCCUUCCGCGCCGUGUGCGUGUACAUCACCUUCUACAGCAGCGACUACCGCCUGGUGCAGAAGGUGUGUCCCGACUACAACAACCACAGCCGCCGGCCCUACUUCCCCUCGGGAUGA